AUGGCGUCCUCCUUUUCUUUGCCGCCGCCACCCGUCUCUUCUGAAACGCCCCCCUCUACGGAAGGAGGCCUCCCGAGGCCGCCUGAAGCAACCUGGAGCGCCGGCUCCCCGGCAGGCGAGGCUCCGAACCAGGGACCAGGCGCACGGAACUUUCGCGGCCGAGGUGCGUUCCGAGGACGCGUCGAUCCCUUUCAAGGGAACCCUGCGGCGAAUGCCCUUCCGCAUGGAAGAAAGCGAAGUCGGCCGGUGGGAGGCGACGAAACCUUCAUUCCGCCGCCCCCACCUGACGACGGAAACAGUUUCGCGCCGCCGCCGCCUGCGCCUGUCGUCCUUCAGCCUCCAGGAGCUUCGCUCACCAAAAUGGAUCAGGACGCCAUGCCUGGAGCGAAUAACGGAUCUUUUCACCAGUCAGGAGGAAAUUCGUUCAUGCCGCGGCACCCCGUCGGCCCCGGCCACAGUGUACAUACACCUGGAGACAUGAUGGGAGGCGGGGGCCGCGUCCCUCCGCCGCCGCCACCUCCGCCGCCGCCACCGUUGGGCGACGGCGGGAAUUUCUCAAAGGACGGGAACUUUUAUGACAUGUUGGGGUCGCACAUGGCCGGCAGUGGACCGCCGGGAGCUCUGAAUGGAGAAGGGUUACUCGAACCGGAGGACCCCGCCACUUCCACGAACAUCGGCGUCCGAGGCCGUGCCAGGCUCAUGAACGACUACACCCAGCACUUCGUAGAUGUUGGGGAACGACCGCAAAACUUCAUUCGAGACUGCGAAGAAGAUAAGCGGUUUCUGGAGUACCCAAAACUGGAGAGACUUAUGAAACUCAAGCGACAGGUUCUCGAGAGACGAAACACGCCUUCGCUCUGUAUACAGGCGAACUUGCGCCACUUUGACUGGAGCAUCCUAGGCGGAAUGAAAUUCGACGUUAUCCUUAUCGAUCCUCCGUGGCAGGAGUACUUUGAUCGCUGCGCAGCCAUUGGGGCUACCAACGAAGAUCUCACCCCUUGGACUGUCGAAGAAAUGCUUCGGCUGCCUGUGGAAAUGAUCGGCGACACGCCCUCGUUCUGUUUCCUCUGGUGCGGAGUGACCCACCUCGAGGACGCACGCCAGCUGCUUCACAAGUGGGGCUACCGACGGUGCGAAGACAUCUGCUGGCUGAAGACGAACAAGAAAGCUGCACAGCGUCGACGCGAGCAAGACGCAGCCCAUGUCAAUGACGUUCUGGACUUCAAGGCCACUCAGCUUGUCCACGAUGAAAAUAGCAUUCUUCAGAGAACCACGGAGCAUUGUCUGAUGGGAAUCAAGGGCACAGUUCGGCGCUCCCAGGACACGCAUUUCAUUCACGCGAACCUCGACACAGAUAUCCUCAUCAGUGAAGAGGAAGAAGAAGUUGGGUGCACGCGGAAGCCGGAGGAACUGUACGACAUCAUCGAGCGUUUUUGCCUCGGUCGCCGGCGCAUCGAACUCUUUGGUCGCGACUGGAACCGCCGGGCUGGGUGGGUCACCGUCGGCUGCGAGUUUGGCCUCACCACGUUUGAUCCAAAAACGUACGCUUCGUUUUUCGAAGGCGACGUGGCAUGGCCAGAGGCCACCGACUACAUGGGGGGGCGGUACGUUGGAACGAUGCCAGAGAUUGAGCAGCUGCGGCCCAAGUCUCCGACGAAAUUCCCAGAUCGUAGUGGAGGAGGCAGUUAG